AUGGCUUCAACUGCAACUAUUUCUCAAACUCUCAAGUUCGAAACAGAUGUGGAGCCUGCCGCACGAAAGCUAUGCGGAAUAACAUACCUGGAGCAAACGACUUCAGCCAAAGAUCUAACUGCCAUCGCUUCAAACUGUGGUGGUAGAAACGGUUCGAUGCUUAGAAAUGCGAACGCUACAUCGUUGAAUGCGGACCCACUCCUCGAGCAAAUUGAGCGGAAUCGCAAAAUCAUAGAGCAGCUUUCUCCAGUGCUCAAAUACAAGGAAAUGAUGCGGAAACGUCGAGCUCGAACUGCUCCUCGGCGGAAGUUUUCGAUCGCUCAAGGAUAUCCUCGUAUAAAUCGCUGGAAGGCCGUAGCUCAGUCCAAAAGCAUG